AUGGAAGGCUCAACAACAGGAGAGUAUCAUUAGGGGAACUAUUCAAAAUGGAUCGAUAAAUUCCAAUAAUAGAUUUAAUUUUUAUGGUUAACUUAAAAUGAGGGAAAGAAUCAGGCGAAUUAACUAGAUAUUAUGACACAGGAGUAUAUCAAAUAUAGUAGUGAUAAAAUUAAGGAGCAAUUCGAGUUGAUUGCGAAGCUCAUGCAGUAAAGACAGUCCUUAGUCAUUUAGACCCUGGAUAAAAACAUGGAAUAGCAAAACCAACUAUUGAGUUCUUAACAACACUGCACAGAAGUAACAAUAAAGAAAUACGAACAAUUCAUGGAGGACUUAAAUCAAUUCGUUAGACAAUUCAAAAACAGAGAGGAAUUGAUGGAAUUGAGAAGGGUUCAUGACGAUUAUUAUAAGGAAGUGAACGAAUUCAAAACUGCCAUUCUGAAAAGUCUGAAAUUCUACUAGGGUAAAAUAGAUAAGAAGCCAAGGCAGAGGAAGGUCAUUCGUAGUGCAAUCAAUAAGGUGCUUCAGACGAAGGGGAUUGAUAAGACAAUAUCUGAGAUGUUAGUGAAAUAUGAAUGCAUGAUAGAGAGACAUGAAGUGGCAAUAGACAAGAAGGACUUGAAAUUGUUUAAACUUGAUUAAGAGUUGGCUAAGUUGAAAAAGGAAUAGGGCACAAUUGAAGAGUAAAAGACUCAAGCCUAAAUUCAGGCGGCAGGGGAGAAAAGUAAUACUGAGAAGUGGAAGUCGAGUGAGCAACAUCUCGUGGAUAUGUUGAAAAAGUAAUAAGAACAAGUAAAUGUAUUGAAUUUCAAUUUGAAUUCGUUUUGCUAGGACUUAUAUAGAAAGUUUACUCCGAAAUUAUUAAAAUUGUAUGAAUAUCAAUUGGUGAAUGUACAUUAGAAACAUUUUAGGAAAGAGAUAGCUUAAAGUGUUCUGAUUUCUUAUGAUGGAGAAAUAGCAUUGUCUACUGUAAGUCAGGAAUAAUUAAUUUUAUGGAAGGUGAAUGAGGAUAAAAAUUAAUGGAAGUUCUAAAGCUAAUUAAAGCAGGUUGAUCAAAUUUUGUGUUUGUGUAUUUCUGAUGAGAAGUGUUCAUUUUUUGCAGGAUGUGAAAAUGGAGAAAUCGUGUAUUGGUUGAGAGAUGAUCAAAAAUGGAGACCAAUUACAUAGGCAUAGAGACAUUAGAGGGGAGUGAAUUGUAUUCAAGUUGAUACAAAAAAUAGACAAAUGGUUUCUGUAAGUGAUGAUUGCACAGCCAAGCUUUGGGUUGAAAACGCAGAUUAAAUCAAUUGGAAAGUAAAGUACACACUGUAGGGUCACUAGUCUGGAAUUUAAGCAGUUCAAUUUAAUAGAAACUCUAAUGCUGUUGUAACUGGUGGGUUCGAUAAGAUGAUAGUGUUAUGGAAUUUUAGGAAUUAAGAGUGGAGUCAAAAUUAAAUACUGAAGGGUCAUAAGGGCAGUGUCACAACCUUGUGCUUUUGCAAAUUGAAGGAUGUUUUAGUUUCUGGUAGUUAGGAUUGCUUUGUUAAAGUAUGGGAAAUGGAGUAAAAUCAAUUGUAUAAAAAAGUAUAAACUCUGAAUGGUCACAAAGCUUCUAUUACUUCGGUGAUAUUUAAUUCGGAUUCAUCUAUUUUAAUUACUGGGAGUAAGGAUUGCACUAUCAAGUUUUGGAGACAAAACAUGUCCAAUAGAUGGGUUAUUCAUAGGGAGUACCAGUAGAAUUAUAUGAUUAGUUAGAUUUCGAUAAGCUACAAUAAUUAAUACAUAAUUGUGGGUGGUUAUGGAGGGGAAACGAUAUUUUAUAAAUCUCAGGAUUAUUGGGAAUGAGCUGUUAAUAUAUUAUUUAUAAUUUAAUUUAUAUUUUUAACGGCAUACAGAUGAGUUCUGAUGAAGAAUAAGAUAAUUAUAAUGAGGAUUAAAUCAUCAAUUUGAUUUCUGCCUUGCAACAGAAAAGUAAGAAAUGAUGAUUAUACUUAUAGUAAAGACAAAUCGAACCAAUAAUGGAUUGAUGAAAACUACAAGAACUAGUGAAUCAGAUCAUUGGAAUGAUUUCAGAGAGACCUAAAAAGAGAAACCUUAGUUAAACAAUUUCGGUAAUUCCAAUGAAUUCAGUUUGUAAAGAGAAUAAUCAAAGCACUCAAGUAUAUCUGAGAAUUUGAGUGACUUUAUUGUUAGAACAGAUAAACCUGCCAAAGAAUCUCAAUUGAAGAAUUAAUAAAAUCAAUCUUAGGAUUCAAGUGAAUUGGUACUUUAUUUGAUUUAUUUAUUUAGACUGAAUUGAAAUAGAAGAUGGACUAUUUACUAAAUCAAAGGGAGAAGGAUUAGGAGAUGUUGGAGUAGAUUAAUGCGGGGUUGAUGUUUCUGAUUAGUCAAAUUCCAAAGCCAAAACAAACAAGUUCAAUAGGAGUUCAGACUGUUAAUUAAAGGGAGAACUCUUAGAAUCAGUCUACUCCGAAUGUUAAGAAGACUGCCCAAUAGACGGUGCAAUAGAUGUUCUAAGAGCCAGACAGAUAUGCAUUUCAGGAGAUUAGAAACUUUUGUUUUAAGCGGUGA